AUGACCAAGAAGCUUGAGCAGGAGGACAAGAAGGCGCGGCUGGAGGCGCUGGCGCUGGCGGAGCAGCACGCGCGGCCGCCAGCGGCGCUCGCAGAGCGGGAGCGGAGCGGCAAGCACAAAAAAGUCAAGAAGGAGAAGCAGAAGAAGGAAAAGCACAGCAAGAAGAAGAAGGACAAGGAGCGCAAGGUGCGGUUGUGUGUCUGA